AUGGGAAACACCCACCGAGGAACCAAGGAAAACAAUGAAACAUUUGACGCUGCCCGAUUCCGCACACGUAGUCACUCUAUCGUCGCUCUAGAUGAACGUAUAAAACCAUAUUUACAAUUUGCUGGUUUCGAGGCCAUCAACAACAUCGCAGAGUCAGCCAUAGAUCACAAAUUUGUUAUGGCCUUGUUAGAACGUUGGAGGCCGGAGACCCACACAUUCCAUCUUCCAACAGGGGAGUGCACAAUAACUCUGGAGGAUGUACAUAUGUUGUUAGGCCUUCCAGUAGACGGUAAGGCCAUUAAUUGUUGUGUAAUGAAAUCCAAUUCCCUUUGCCAGCAGGCAUUGGGCAUAUAUCUGAUAGAGGGAGACACAGGUUCUAGGGGACAGGGUGUAAACCUCAAGAACUUAAAGAUAUAUUAUUCUAACUUUCAGUUGAACGACGAUUCUUCCGAAGAAACGAUACGCAUUAAAACCAGAUUUUGCGUGAAAAAGAUGGACUUCACGAAAAAUGCACGGUCAAAUAUCAUGAUGUACAACCAGCUGAUUGAUCACUUACGACCCGAUGAUUUUAUCUGGAGACCGUAUCUAGAACGCGAUCAUGAACCAAGAGGUGCUGAUGCAGCUAUUUAG